AUGGACACUCUUCAGCAGGUUAUCAUCAAUCCACUCAAGCCUGUGCUUGUGCCCAUCACCCACAAUCUUCCUAAGCCUCUGAACGACUUUGCAAUUUCCCUACUGGGUGAUGUCUGCCAUUCAGCCUUGGUGCUUGACCUCGAUGUUACAACUGAGCCUCAGUGCCUCUCUCUAGCUAUAUCCAAAGCACUUGGAGUUGCCAUCAUCUCAGCUGCAAGCAUUGUCAAAGUCCCACAGCUCAUCAAGCUCUCAGCCGAAGGUCUCUCUUUCACCUCAUAUGCGCUCGAGACUGCCUCAUUCCUGAUCGCACUGGCAUACAAUGUCCGCAACGGCUUUCCUUUCAGCACAUAUGGUGAAACGACAUUCAUCCUUGCUCAAGAUGUAGCAAUAGCUACCCUGAUCUUAAUCUACUCUCGACAAACACCAACCGCGAUUGCAUUCCUGGUCGGCAUUGCAUCUGCCGCAUAUGCUCUACUGAUAGACACCUCUGGCCUCAUCUCGGACAGUCAGAUGGCUACUCUUCAGGCAGGUGCAGGUGCGCUCGGGGUUGCAUCAAAGUUGCCUCAAAUCUUGACAAUAUACUCUCAGGGUGGUACUGGCCAGCUCAGCGCGUUUGCUGUCUUCAACUACCUACUAGGCUCUCUAUCACGUAUCUUCACGACAUUGCAAGAGGUGGAUGAUAAACUGAUUUUGGGAGGGUUCAUAGCAGGAUUUCUUCUGAACGCUGUUCUUGCAGGCCAGAUGGUCUAUUACUGGAACAGCCCUACCACUGCAGGCCACGGCGCGGAAGUCAAGAAUCGAAAUUCUACCAAAGGAAUAGGACAGAAAGGAUUGCAGGGUCUAGGCACUGAGGAACACCUGAAGAAGGCUGGUGUACCUCUGACACCGGCUGGCAAUAGCACUGCUGCACGACCUGGGAGCAGUGGUAGCGGCCGCAGAAGAGGAUAG